AUGGUUUCCUUCACCUCGGUCUUGCUCGCGGCUGCUGCCACCUUUUCCAGCGUGUUCGCUGCACCAACUUCACUCGCUGUCCGGGCUCCGGGUGAGCUUGUCGCUAGGACUGCCAGCUCGACCGGCACCAGUGGAGGAUACUACUACUCAUUCUGGACGGACAAUGAGAGCAUAGUCACCUAUACCAACGGCGAUGCUGGCAAAUACUCGGUGACCUGGAAUGGCUCCGGAAACUUUGUUGGUGGGAAGGGCUGGAGCACUGGAAGCACCCGUGCCAUCACAUUCUCCGGCUCCUACAACCCCAACGGCAACUCAUACCUGUCCGUCUAUGGCUGGACCACGUCGCCGCUGAUUGAGUACUAUAUUGUCGAGUCGUACGGCACGUACAACCCCUCGACGGGCGCCACCUACAAGGGCCAGGUGACGAGCGACGGUGCAACCUACGAUAUCUACACGGCCCAGCGCGUCAACGCCCCCUCCAUCGAGGGCACAGCCACUUUCACACAGUUCUGGAGUGUUCGCCAGAGCAAGCGCAGCAGCGGCACCGUCACAACUUCCAACCACUUCACUGCUUGGUCCAAGCUGGGCAUGACUCUUGGUACACACAACUACCAGAUCGUCGCCACCGAGGGCUACUACUCUUCCGGCAGCGCGACCAUUACAGUGUCGUAA